AUGACGGAGGGCACGAAACUCGUUCUACCCGCCGGGCAAGCCCCCACCGAGAUCGAGAAGCAGAUCGCCGGCUCGUUGACUGAUCUCGAGAACAGCAAGGACCUACGCGGACAACUCCGUGAGCUCUACAUCGUCGGAGUCAAGGAGAUCGACCACGGAAACAAGAAGAUCGUCGUCGUCUACGUUCCUUUCCCGCAGCUCAAGCUCUUCAACAAAAUCCAGGUUCAAUUGAUCCGCGAACUGGAGAAGAAGCUUGGAGGCAAGCACGUUGUCUUCAUCGCGAAGCGACGCAUUCUGCCCAAGCCCCAACGCGGAAACAAGAGGAUCCCGGAGAAGCAGAAGAGGCCGCGCUCCCGAACCCUCACGUCCGUUCACGAGGCGAUCCUCGAGGACAUCUGCUUCCCCGCCGAAAUCGUCGGCAAGAGGAUCCGAGUCAAGUCUGAUGGCAAGCGCAUCAUCAAGUGCCACCUCGACAAGCAACAGCAGACCAACGUUGAGCACAAGGUCGACACUUUCACCCACGUCUAUAAGAAGCUCACCGGAAAGGAUGUAAUAAAGGAUACUUUAGAAGACCAAGUGCCCGGAAGGCCCCAGCACGUGCACGUCAAGACUAGUGCAAAUUCGGCGACACUUUGGUGGGAGCAGCCAGCGAAUUCCGAGAAUGUCCUGGUUCGAGGAUACGCGGUCUCCUAUGGCAUCGGCACGCCGAGCAGCAAGAUUGUGAUCGAGGGCGCUGACACGAAUUCGUUUACGAUCGAUCGAUUAAAACCCGCCACGCACUACGUAUUCGCCGUCAAUGCGUAUAAUGAAGCGGAUGGUGAAGAUGGGGAAAAAGUGCUUUUGAGUGGAACGACGCUCGAUGGCGAGAAUGGCAAUAAGGGCUCCUUCUCGCUGUGGCCACCCAUUGCCGUCCGCGCCAGCGCGAAAGAACGAGCCGUAAACUGGGAAGACCCAAACCCAGAACGAGCCGAGGAAAACCGAUUGGACGGCAAUGGAAGACAUUACAUUGUUCAAUACGGUCUCUACCAGUCGGAGCGCCACGAAAAAAUUCGGGCCAACACCAAGCACAUAAAGCUGGUGAAUCUGCUGCCCGGGCGAGAGUAUGAGGUGGCCGUCAAGGUAAUUGACGGGAACGGCCGAGAAUCCCCUGGAGCAUCCGAGACAUCAUUCUCACCCCAAAAGGCGCAGUUGUUGUUCUAUUUU